UGGUUUGUUUGCCGCGCGCUACAUUUCCUCGAGUUCUAGAAUUUUCUGCUGAUGACGAUUAGCAGCGGCCAGCCCGCAAAGACCGAGUUACAGACAAACAGGAGGUGCACCUAUCGACAAAUCUCUCGAUUGAGGACUCUGCACAAGAUUUGAGGUAGCUGAAGCACUCUAGGUUUCGGGCACUGGCGAACCUGAAAUUGGUACUCACCUCAUCAGAAAAAGCGCAAGACGGAGUUUGAUAUCAACGGGAUAAAAUACAAUGGGCGAGAUACCACGAACGACCACCAAAACCUAUGUUGUUGAGCAUCUGGAUCCGGAGUUAGGCCCAUGGUCUGCUCUCGAGUACGGAUCUAUCGCAAAGGAAUCCUGCGCAGCAGGCGCUAAAUUCAUGCUCACCUCCGUUCCAGAGUCGCUGCAAUUGCCGCCUGAACUGGCUGCUUUGGACAGCUUACAUGUGGAGCACCGAGGUGUCGAAGAGAUUUUUUCCAGCCAGAAGCCCAGGGUCUGCUUACUAGAUCCAGCCGCUACAUCAGAAUUAUCCCCGGCGGAUGGAGAUGCGUUCGAUAUCUUUCUUUAUGGGGGCAUCCUUGGAGAUGACCCUCCGCGAGAUAGGACAUCAGAAUUGCGCAAGAAGGGUUAUGCGGGUAGAAGACUAGGGCCUAAGCAGAUGACAACCGAUACUGCAGUCAGGGUAACUCGCAUGGUCGUCGAGGACAAAGCUCCUCUGGACCAGAUUGAAUGGGUAGAUUAUCCAGAGUUACGACUCGACAAGCACGAAACUACGGAAAUGCCAUUUAGGUAUGUGAAAGCUCGAGAAGGGGAGCCCGUGAUGCCCGAGGGGAUGAUUGAGCUCAUUAAAAAGGAUGCGGAUAAAGGGCUAGAGGAUUUGCUAUGACGAACUUGCUAAAUAUUCCGUGGAAUCUGACGGGGCAUACUCUGGAGAAAGGCCCAUUGCGCAGAAAGGAUCAGCGGAUCAGCAGAUCCCUGUUUGGGACUCGUUACAUACUCCAUGUUGAAUUAAUGCAUUCAAGGCUUCCCAAGAGAUUAAAAGUUAGAAGUCACUUUGAUUCGCGAUGCCAGUAAAAGGAAAUCAUUCUUGUAUCUUUCGC